CCAAGAUGGCGGCGGCCUGACAGAACAAGAAAGAGCCGAGGCGGAGCGGCGGUUGGCCUCUUCCCUUCUCCCCUCAUGACCCGCCGGGAUGCUCCGCUCGAGCGGCUUCCUCCGAGGCGUCGACUGCCCCUUCGGCACCGCCUGCGGGAGGCCCUACUGUCACUUCCGGCACCCGCCGGGGCCUCCGCACGCCCAGCCGACCCAGGCCAGGCCCCUCCAGGCCAGGCCAGGCCAAGGAGGAGGAGGCAGGAGCAGCAGGAGGCCCUCCGCCUCGGCAGCAGGGUGCGGCUAUGACCCUUACAACCCGGAGCUUCCCAAGCCCGUGUCGCAGAGCCGGAAUGGCUCCUUGGAGGAGAUCUCCGAGGCGGCUCCCGGCAUCCUGGAGCUCGAGCUGGUCAACAAGGCCAUCGAGGCCGUCAAGAACGAAGUCGAGCGCGAGCAGAAGAAGUACGAGGAGCUCUUGGGGACGGCGAAGGAGUACGGCUCUCCCGAGCCCCCUUCGCUCGUCUCCAAGGCCUCUGGGUCCGCAGCACCCAAGUCCUUCACCGCCUUGGAAUACAACCCCGGGGGCUACAGCGCGGGUGGCACUGCCGACUACAAUCCCACCCCUCUUGCGGUGGCCACUCCUAGCCGCUCCACCAAGUACACCUUAGACUCCUUCGACAAAGCGAAAGGCAAGGGGAGCUCGCUGGAGUACGUGCCCACAAUGGUCACCCAGCCCAAGAAGUACAGUUGCACAGCCGCCAGGAGCAAAUACACCCUCGACAACUCCAAGCCGUCCACGGACUUGGAGUACGACCCUCUUUCGAAUUACUCCGCCCGGCUGCUGAGCAAAGCCAAGGAGCAGAGAGGGGCCAAGAGGAAAAGGGAGGCCGACCCCGAGGAAGGGUAUUCGCCUUCUCCCAAGAAGCACUGCGACGCAGGGAGCGGCCCCGAGCCGGACGCCAGGUUCUCCGACUCGGAAGAGGAGCGCGAAGCGGCUCCCGCCUUCCCUUCGAAACCGAAAGGGGGUCCGGGGAGCAAGCCGGCAGACGGGGGGAAGGGGUCCCCGCGGGCCGAUUCCCGUUCUCGGGAAAUGAAGGAGACGGCGGUGCAGUACGAUAUGGGGGACAUCGAGGGCGGCGUCAAGGACUCGCCAGAGGGGGGCGAAAAGUUGGCUAAGGUGCCCCCCAAAAGGGACGCGAGCGAGGGCAAGGGAGGCCUGAAGGAGAAGCUGAAAAAGAAGGCCGGCGGCGGCCACGCGGCGGACGGCAAGAGGGAGCGUGGCACGGUUGCGGGCAAGGAGAAGGCGGAAGCGAAGGCUCAGCGCAGAAAUGGAGAGAGGAGCAAGGAGAAGCACGGCAAGCCCCACGCCGACGGGCGCUCGAGGAAGCAGGACGAGCCCCCCAAGGCUGCGAAAGCGGGGGGCUCUGGCACGUGCAAGAAGGUCACGCAAGGACCCAGGGCAGAGAAAGUGGGCAGCGUGAAGAAAGACGGGAAGCUGGACCCCGCCGGGGGCUUGAGACCCAAGGCCGAGGCUUCGCAGGCCGAACGUAAAGACAAGCAGGGGAAGCGGCCCGCCUCGAAGGUUCCCAAGGAGAGCCCCGGAGCCAAGUGCAAGGCGAAACGGCGGGCUCUGAGCCACGCCGACCUCUUCGGGGAUGAGAGCGGGGACGAGGGGCAAGGGGGGCAGCCUCGUCCCGUGGCCUUCCCGGACGUGAGCUCGGAUUCGGACCCAGACGACGGCGGCUGCUGCUUCCUUCCGCCCCGGGACAACGGGGUGGCGAAGCGCCCUAAGGUGCCCAAAGCUCCUCCUCCUCCUUCCUCCUCCUCGUCCUCCUCUUCCGACGAGCUCGACUAUUCGGUCCUGGAGAGGGACGUGGACUUCGAGUCCGACCCCAUGGAGGAGUGCCUUCGGAUUUUUAACGAAUCGACCGACGUCAAGACGGAAGACAAAGGCAGGCUGGGGAAGCAGCCGUCAAAAGAGGAAGGGGCCGAGGAAAAGCCAGCAGAAGACUGCCUGACCACGCUCUUUCCUGGGCAGAAGCGGAGGAUCUCCCACGCGGCGAAGCCAGGGAACGCCGAGGCCCCGGCCAAGCCGGUCUUCCGCCCGUACCGGCCCCCGACGGCCCAAGAGGCGUGCUACCAGCGGAUCCAGCUGGCCCAGAAGCAGGCAGCCCAGCUGGCCCGGCAGCUGCCCCCCUCGCGGCCGUCUCCGGCACCCCCGAGAGCCUCCGUGGCGAUGCACAAAGGGGAGAAGAAGCGGAUUGCUCACGUGCCCAACCCAGCUCUGCCUGCGGUCUCCAAGUGCGCCCUAGGAGGCCUCAAGAAAACAGCUUCGCCCGGGAGCACGGUGUCUUCCAACGGGGCCGGAGCCCUGUCUCUGAAAGCCCGCACGCUGGCCGGGAUGGCGUCCAAGACGACCAACACGAACGUCCCCAAAAGGAUAGCCCACGCUCCCACGCUGCAGAGUGCUACUUUGAAAAGGCCGGUGAUCCCCACCGAGUUUGGGGCCAAGGUCCCCACCAACAUCCGGCAGAGAUACCUCAACCUCUUCAUCGACGAGUGCCUGAAGUCGUGCACCUCUCAGCAGGAAGCGUUCGACAAGGCCCUGGCGGAGGAGAAGGUGGUCUAUGACCGCAGUACCAGCCGCAACAUCUACCUGAACGUGGCGGUGAAUACCCUGAAGAAGCUGCGCAAUGCCAUUCCCAGUCCCGUGCACGAUAUUCGCAAGACCGGCAACCGGAAGCUGGUGUCUCACGAGGCCAUGCUGGGAGGCAAACUGGCAGCCAGGACCAGCUUCACCUUGAACCGCUCUGCGGCCGCUCAGUUGCGGGCGGAGGACCUGAAAGGGGCCUCCCUCUACCGCCGGCUCAAGGAGUACGUGUUGACGGAGGAGGACCUGAAGGAGCACGGGUACCCCCUUCCGUGCCCCGAGGCGUCAGGCCGCGCCAUCGUCUUCAACGCGGAGGAGAAGAAAACGACAGACGGCUCCUGCAGGGUUUGCUGCCGCUGCGGCACCGAGUACAUGGUGACGCCGUCUGGGAACUGCGUCCGCAAGGAGGAGUGCGUCCACCACUGGGGGAAGUUGCGCAAGCAGAGAGUUCCUGGCGGUUGGGAAACCCAUUACAACUGCUGUUCGGGAGCGGUGGGUUCCCCCGGGUGCCAAGUCGCAAAACAACACGUUCACGAUGGCAGGAAGGAGAGCUUGGAGGGCUUUGUGAAGACCUUUGAGAAGAUGCCCAGCGCGGACGGCAACCCGGGCAUCUACGCCUUAGACUGCGAAAUGUGUUACACCAAGCAAGGCCUGGAGCUGACUCGGGUCACAGUGAUCGACUCGGAGCUGAAAGUCGUCUACGACACCUUCGUCAAGCCUGACCACAGAGUCGUGGACUACAACACUCGGUUUUCGGGCGUGACGGAGGCAGACCUGGAGAACGCCUCCAUCACCCUGCGGGACGUCCAGGCCGUCCUCCUGAGCAUGUUCAGCUCGGACACGAUCCUGAUAGGGCACAGCUUGGAAAGCGACCUGUUUGCGCUGAAGCUCAUCCACGGGACUGUGGUGGACACGGCUGUCGUUUUCCCUCACCGCCUGGGAUUGCCUUACAAACGGGCUCUGCGCACCUUGAUGGCUGACUACCUCAAGCGCAUCAUCCAGGACAGCGUGGAGGGCCACGAUUCGAGCGAGGAUGCCCGGGCGUGCAUGGAGCUGAUGAUCUGGAAGAUCAAGGAGGACGCGAAAGUGAAGCGGUGACGGAGGGUUCUUUAUCCUUCGCCUCUUCCGCUUUUACCGGUGCAGUGCAAUAAUGAUAAUAAUGAUGAUAAUAAUA